CACACCGCCUCAACGCCAUUACCAACCUUCUCUGAGGCCGAUCAACUGUUCGACGAUAUUCCCCAAAGAAAAUAAAGCUCAAAUCUUUGCUAUUCGGCUGAAUGAUUGGUGCUUGAUUUCAACCUUUGUUUCCGUUCUCUACUUCUUAUUUGAUUCCUGGAACGGUGAGAAUUAGGUUGGUCUCUUCUUCGCUUCGGAGAAGGUACUUGAUGUUCUCGCUGUUUUGCUUUCAUUCGCGUGGUUGGAUUCUGGUUUUGAUCAUUAGAAUGCAGUAAAGAUCUCAUUUUGUAUGAAGGGAAUCAGUGUGGUAUGUGUUUGAUUGAUGUCGAUGAUCUGUUCGACGAUAUGCGUAUUAGAAAAAUACAACUUAAUGUCUUUAGUGAGCAGAUGAUUUGGUAUGCUCCCAGAAUUACUGGGUCUUCGAAAUCCUUUAUUUUAAGCUCCUUUCGUUGCCAAAGUCUUUACUUUGCUUCCAAAAUCCGUGUCAAAUUAGUUUGCUUUUUCUCUUCUGGAAACAAUAGAAAUCUUUCAGAGAUAUUCAAACCACAAACUGCAUUGUAUGUUGAGUCGGCUUCUAAACUUAGAAGAGCUCUGCAGUGUGAUGCAUGGUCUGAAUCUGUUGAGAUGGAGUUACAGAGGCUCAACAUUGUGUUGAACUCCUACAUUGUUAAUCAAGUGUUGAAAAGCUUGUCAGAUUCUGAAAUGGGUUUCCAUUUCUAUGUGUGGGCGGAAACUCAGUCAGGUUUCAAACAUGAUCACUUCACUGUCCAGUCCAUUAUUUGCUUGCUGUUGAAAGAUCACAAUUUUGACCUCUUGUCAAAUUUUUUGAGGAGAAUCAGAAGUAAUGGUUUCUCAUUGCAUCGUUCUGUAUAUCGCAUUCUUAUAUCAGGUUAUGUUAGAGCCGGUAUGAUCGAUAAAGCAAUUCAAAUCUUCAAUGAGAUGAUACAUUCAGGUUGUCGCGUUUUUAGUGUAGACUACAAUAAAUUCAUUGGCGUGCUGAUUCACAAUAGCUGUUUUGAUUUGGCAAUACAUUACUACUAUAAAAUGGUCGGACAAGGAUUCUCUUUGAAUGCAUUCACAUACUCUAGAUUCAUAUGUGGUUUGUGUAAAGUAAAUAAUCUCAGCUUUGUUGAAACUCUCUUAAAGGAUAUGAAUAAGAUCAGGUCUGUCCCAGAUAUUUGGGCCUACAACAUAUAUUUGAAUUCCUUAUGCAAGGAGCAUAAAUUAGAUACUGCUAUGAAGUUGUUGUGUACUAUGAUUCAGAAAGGAAGAGAACCUGAUGUAGUUACAUUUACAACAAUCAUGAAUGGCUUGUGUAAUAUCAAAAACUUUUCAGAUGCAGAGGAGCUUUGGGAUAAAAUGGUGAAGCGGGGGAUUGGCCUGGAUUGUGUUGCAGGUGGUACAUUAGUUUUUAGUUUGUGUGAUAAUGGGAAGGUUUAUGAAGCUUAUGACAUUGUUAUGGGAAUGAUAAAGUGUAAAGUGGAACCAAGUACUUCAAUUUAUAAUGCUUUGGUCAGUGGAUUUUGUAGGGCUGGUAUGGUUGAAAAGGCCGAAAAUAUAGUUUCAUUCAUGGGAAGGAAUGGGCACAAGCCGGAUUUGUUUACAUUCAACAUACUUCUUAAUUAUUACUGUGACAACAGUAUGCUGGAUGAAGCGGAGAAUCAGAUGAGAAAGAUGAAAAUAAAUGGCAUAAGUCCCGACCGACACAGUUACAACCAGCUUUUGAAAGGAUUUUGCAAGUCUAACAAGCUUGACAAGGCAUAUGCUUUAAUAGUGAACAAGAUGGAGAUUAAAGGGCUUUUUGAUGUCGUUUCUUGCAAUACUUUGAUUGAAGCAGUAUGUAGGGUGGGUAAGAUGAGAAUUGCACACAAUCUGUUCAAGAAUAUGGUUAAUAAGGGUAUCACUCCAGAUGCGGUGACGUAUUGCACUUUGAUUAAAGGGUCUUUUAGAGCAAGAGAAUCUCAUCAUGCUGAGGAACUCUUUGAACAGAUGCUUAAGGCUGGUGUAGUUCCAAAUGUUCAUGCAUAUACCACUAUGGUGCACCAUUUGUACAAGGAAGGCCGAGUAGAACAGGCUCGCAGCUACUUUACCGGCAUGAUUCAGAGGGGAAUCUCUCCUGAUAAUGCUUCAUACCGUGCUCUCAUUAAUGGACUCUUCAGUGCAUCAAGGCAUCAUGAAGCUAUGAAUCUGUAUCAUGAUAUGUAUGCCAGAGGUGUACCUCCCGAUAAUGAGACAUAUAAAUUGUUAGUCAGAGGACUAUUAAAAGGAGGAGAGAUUGAGCUGGCUGAUAAACUUUGGGAGCAUAUGAUGAGCAAGGGGUUUACUCUCGAUGAAGUAGUUCGUGAAAGACCGAUCAAUGCAAUGAAGUUGUAGAACGUGUCGGUGGUUGAGCCCUCAAAGAGGUUAGUGGGUGUUAUGGCUUGUUGAUACGAAAAGAUUGACGACAAAUGCGGUAACAGGCUGUGUUCCAGCAACUGAGUUCAAAAUCUAUUCUAUGUUGUAUCAUAACCAAUGCGAUGUGUACAAUUAACCGGGUUGUCUAUUUAUUCAUGCACAAGGAAAGAUAUAGUAUCAGUCUUGACAGCAUCAAAAUCUCAACCACUAGAAACUUAAAGCUAUGUAUUUGUUUGAUUUUACCCCAUUGAGGAUGCUUGGAUAAGCUUGAUGCUAGAGAUACACUGUAAACAUUCAUAAAUACUUUCAUGUGUUUAUUAAAAAGGAAAAGAAAAAGAAAUCCUUUGUGAAGCCUUUUGUUUACAAACUGGAGGUAACCAAAAUCGUUCUAAGACAUGAAUAUACUCAAAGAAAAAGUGUAGAAAAA